GAAUCUUAAGAUAAUUUUAUUAUAUUCUUAAAAAGCAUAACUUCAAUUAUUAAAUUGAGUUCUCCAUUUAUCAAUUACAAUAUUGGUUGGCCAAGGAAACAACUGGUCACUACUACACACUAAGACUCAACACUCUCUCUCUCUCUCUCUCAUGAAUGGUUAACAACAUUUCCCUCUCAUUAUUACAGCCAUGCCAUCGCGUCCGCCGCCACCGUCUCCUCCCGCGGUGGCCCUCCACCACCGCAACCACCACCGGGAAAUAAUCCUCUGCGGAGCCAUCGCGGCGUCGCUCUUCCUGGUGGCGCUAAUAAUCUCUGUGACAAUCUUCCUCUACCGAAAGCUCUCGUACAACCGAACGGCACCGUUUGAGCACAACCAGCGUCGCUUCUCGUAUUCCGUUCUUCGACGAGCAACGAACUCAUUCUCACCCUCAACAAAGUUAGGUCACGGAGGGUUCGGUUCGGUUCACAAGGCAACACUACCUUCGGGUCAAACGGUGGCACUUAAAGUGAUGGACUCGCCCGGUUCGCUGCAAGGAGAGAGGGAGUUUCACAACGAGUUAACGCUGUGUUCGAAUCUUCGUUCUCCUUUUAUUCUUUCUCUUCUGGGUUUUUCUUCGGACCGGCGCGGUCGAAAGCUGGUUCUGGUUUAUGAGCUUAUGCCGAACCGGAGUCUUCAGGACGCGUUAUUGGACCGGCGUUGUCCCGAGUUGAUGAACUGGGGGAAACGCUUUGACGUUGUCGUUUCGGUGGCUAUGGGCCUGGAGUAUUUACAUCACGGUUGUGACCCGCCUGUGAUCCAUGGGGAUAUUAAGCCCAGUAAUGUUUUACUGGAUCGGGAUUUUCGGGCCAAGAUUGGGGAUUUUGGGCUUGCUAGGGUGAAGACGGUGGAGGAUGUGGGAAUGGGGAUGGUGGAGGAGAAGAAGAAGGAGGAAGGGGUUGUUGAGGAGUGUGGAUAUGAUCGAGGCUCUGCGUUGGAGGAGGUUGAGAGUGUGGUGACUAAUACUACUGCAGGCUUUGAUGUGGAUCGUUCGCCGGAGAGUUGUACAGUCAGGGUUUUGGAUUCCGAUGCCUCGCCGGAGAUGGCGCCGGCGGCGGUGUCGCCCGAGGCGGCGGGGGUGGAUAAGUCGAGUGUUUUGUCCGAUGGGGGUUUUGAUAAGUUCAGCAUUGACAGUGGGAAUAAUCACCGGAAAAAGGGUGGUGGCGGUGGUGGUUCAGGGAGGGAUUGGUGGUGGAAGCAAGAGAGUGGGGUAGGGUCUGAAUCGGGGAGAGUGAAGGAUUAUGUGAUGGAGUGGAUUGGGAGUGAGAUAAGGAAGGAGAGGCCGAAGAGUGAGUGGGUUGAUUCGUGUUCUUCACAUGGUGGGGUGGUUGUGGAGGGUAAGAAGAAGCAUAGGAAGAGAUUGGAUUGGUGGGCUUCACUUGAUGAGGAAAAGGUUAAGGUUAAGGUGAAGAAGAAUCGGAAGCCAAGGGAGUGGUGGAAGGAGGAGUUUUGUGAGGAGCUUGCAAAGAAGAGCAAGAAGAAAAAGAGGAGUCUUGAGGGGGAAUCUUGGUGGCAGAAAGAUGAGGAUGGGGUGGAACAGAAGAGGAAGAGGAAGAGUAAGAGUAGUAGAGGGAGCAUUGAUUGGUGGUUGGAUGGUUUGAGUGGCGAGUUAAGGAAUGGGAUUGGGAGGAGGAAUAGUCAAGAUUGGGUUAGUGGGGAUAUACCAAAGAGUGGUGGAAUUAGUAGUACUCCAAGUAUGAGGGGAACUGUGUGUUACAUUGCUCCUGAGUAUGGUGGUGGAGGCCAAUUGUCUGAGAAGUGUGAUGUGUAUAGUUUUGGGGUUCUGCUUUUGGUUUUGGUGGCUGGAAGGAGACCCCUUCAGGUGACGGCGUCGCCGAUAUCGGAAUUUGAGAGGGCUAAUCUCAUUUCCUGGGCUAGGCAACUUGCUCACAAUGGGAGACUUUUGGAUCUUGUUGACCCUUCUAUUCAUUCAUUGGAUAAGGAGCAGGCAUUGCUCUGCAUCACCAUUGCCUUGUUGUGUCUGCAGAGAUCACCAGGGAAGAGGCCUUCCAUGAAAGAGAUUGUGGGGAUGCUCUCUGGUGAGACUGAACCACCACACUUGCCCUUCGAGUUCUCACCAUCCCCGCCCUCGAAUUUCCUGUUCAAGUCGCGGAAGAAGGCUCGGUGAGUGAGUGAUUGUGUGAGUGAGUGGUUUUUGUCUUGAUCAUUAACUAGUGAGAAGUGUAUGUUUUUAGGUCAACUCUAAUUGUCUUCACCAUUUGUAGAAACUAAUGCAGAAAAAAGAAGGGAGAAAAAAAAUAGUUACAAGCCUUGCAUAAAUCCAUUUCUUCCCUUUCUGUGUUUUUUUGUUCCUACCAUCAUAUGACUGUUUAUUCUUGACCCGGUUCUUGCUUUUUAAUCUGAAAGAACUUUUUGGGUGCAUGAUUCUAGCACAAAUUACCUGUCACUGCCACUACAAGUUGAUGAAUUCCAGGAAUUUUCGGCUCUUUUAAA